UGUUGCUAUAACAACACUAGUACUUACUGAGUGUGCUGCGCUUUUCGCAACAAACCAAACACUUCUUCGCGUAAUUUGAGCAGCGUACAUGAUGCCACCCAAAAAGAAAAGUGCAGAUAAAAAACCAGCAAAGCCAAGGACCCCCACGCUGAUAAAUGGCCUCACCAAGGAUGAGAUGUCCAAGGAGCAGCUGGAGGAGCACAUUAUGCGUCUUCGAGAGGAACUGGAUAGAGAGCGGGAAGAGAGAAACUACUUUCAGUUGGAGAGGGACAAGAUCCACAGCUUUUGGGAAAUCACAGUUAGAAAACAGAAGGAGGUUGACUCUGAGCUGCAAAAGGUAGAAAAGGAUGUAGAAGAAAAUGAGGCCCGUCACCAAUUAGACGUUAAGGUGUACAAGCAGAAGAUCAAGCACCUCCAGCAUGAACACCUGAAUGAUAUCGCUGAACUGAAUGCAGAUUCUUUGGCGUCCAAUGAACUGAUGGAGAAAGAGCAACAGCACCUAGAGGAAGAGCUUCGUAAGACAAUUACGCGGGUGGACAUCCAAGAGAUCAACUUUGAACACACCAAGAAGGAACUUGAACUGAAACAUGGUGACGAACUGACAUCAAGACGCGACCACCUGGAAAAACAGCUUGCAGAAAUUACAGCGUCGUUUGAGAUGAAGGUGCAGGCGCUACAACAAGAUCUGGACAACAUCUGGAAAAGUGAGAUCAGCGAUCGAGAAAACCACUGGAACAGCCACAUCGCCGGUCUUAAACAAGAUCACGAUGCAACCUACCGCAGCGCUGAGGAAUUUGUCAUUAUCAUGAAAAGGGACGCGGACACGCUCACUCAGCUCAAGGGAGAAAUUAAUGAAGCAAAGAAGAAACAAAAGAGCAUGAAACUGGAGGUGGUCACUGUUUUGAAGGAGAACAAACAUCUUGCUGAGCUUAUCUCAAAGAUCAAGAAAGAAAACGAUGAAAUUGCCAAGAAACUGAAACACUACUCAGGAAAUAAGGAUGUAAUUGGAAACAUCAAAAGAAAAAAGCUGAAAAAUCUGAAAGCAGAGCAUGAGGUGUUGGAACAGAAAUUCAACGAGCUCCAACUGGAAAGGGAUGAACUUCGCAAGGCUUUCACUGAGAUUGUUGAGAAGGCGCAGCAUAACGGAGACAUAGAGAACAUAGUGGUGGAAAAGAAGCUGCAGGCUCUGACAGAGAGCCUGGAGGAGACGGAGGCUCAGCUCAGCGCGGUGCUUUCAGCCUCCAACAUGGACCAAACAGCCCUAAGCAGGGUCAUAAAGAAAACUGAGGCACAUAUUGACUCCAAAAAUACUGCCAUCAAGACCCUACAGCACAAAAUAAAUCAAAUUUCCACGGUCCGCAAGCAUUUGCUGCUGCACACUGAGGUAAAGGCAAAGGCUCUUGGUGUUCCUGUGGAAGAGCUCCUUUGUAAUUCCCAAUGAGAGUAAUCCUCAUGGUAAAAAUGUGGAGCAGCACUUGGAUUAAAGUGAGAAGCAAUGAUUCCAAAGACUGGAACACUUAUAUUUCAUUUACAUCUUUUCUUUAAUCUACCUUUAAUGCUCAUAUGACUUUAAGUAGUAAAGAAACAUAAAAAUCAAAAUUUAAAAUGGGAUCUCUUAAUCUUGAGAAAAAAAAAGAGUUGUGUUGUGUGUUGUUUUAGACUAAAGGGUAUGUCAUGCCUCUAUCUGUAGCAUCCUCUCUCACACCAACCCUCAGCAUGUCCUCCAUGACCUCCAUGAAUUUUCUCUGUGGUCUUUCUCCUUUACUCCUGCGUGUCAUCUCCAUAUUUGACAUCCCUUGUCCAGUAUGUUCUCUCUAAAGGGAGCAACUGAAAGAUGAAGAUACUUCAUUGGAUUUGUCAGGUGUUCUUAAUGACAGCCAAUAGGUGCCGCUAUUCACAUAAUACAUCGUUGUGUCUCAGACGGUGUCAUGGUCACAGAUGUUGACCUGGCUUCACUCUUUCUCUCCUUGUCUGCUCGGUCUGACGCUCUCUGUCAUGGGAGCGAGACUCCUCCCAGAAGUGGGCGUGGUUACCCAAGACUCCCGCUGCUGCUGAACGAGAACCCUGCCGAAAACUGAGCAGUCCAAGAAUGCUGCAGUAACUGAACUCUAUCCUGUGUAAAGAGUAGACUUGACCAUUAGAUUACUGACCUGUGACCUUCCCUUGAACAUUAUUCAACUUUAAUUCCUGAACUUGCUCCAGAUGUUGUUACUGUAUCUUGCAGUUGUUGAUUAAAAUUGUUAAAAUUCUUUCCAUUGCUUUCUGCAUUGAAGUGUUUUGUACAAUCAUUCAGUGGUUAGCACUGCUUCACAGCAAGAAGUUUCUGGGAUUGCACCUCCUGGUUGACCUGAGCCUCUCUGUUUUUUUAAAUAAAUGCUGUUUCAAAGUUGUCUAUAGGUGAGGGUGUGAGACAGAGUUCGAUCGUGUCCAGGUUGUUCCGCACUCACCCCAGGACCCUGAGAUAGGCCCCAUGACCCUGAAAUGGAUAAGUGUAAAAAAUAUGUGUAUAUGGUUUUUUGUUUUUUUGCAUAUUUCUUGAACUUGUGUAAACAUAUUUUAGAUCUUGUUUGA